AUGAAAUUCACAGCCCCUCAGCCAAUGAAGCAACCCUUGGAGCAGAGGGACAAGAACAAACACUGCACUUAUCAUAAAGAUUACGGGCAUACAACCAAUGAUUGCAGAUCCCUUAGGCGGCAAAUGGAGAAUAUGAUAAUCAGGGGUGAGCUGGAAGACUACCUCACAAUAAAGGAAUAUGUGAAUCCUAGGGAGGCCAAUCCUCAGAGAGUAGAAGGUAAUAAGGUAAAGGUCAUUCAUGCAAUACAUGGAAGAUCAGAGGACGACCAAGAGUCGAAAGAAGUAUAUAGAUCCAAGCUGAGGAUAGCUCAUAAGCUAAGAAAGUUGUCCUCAGUGAACACUAUCACCUCGGGCAGUAUCAGUAUUGGGUUUGGCGAUGCAGAUUUAUCUAGAGUUCAGCUCCCCUACGAGGAUCUACUAGUCAUCAGCCUUUUGGUGGCUAACUGCAUUUUCAAAAGUGUUCUGAUAGACCCGAGUAGUAGCGCCAAUAUUAUCACAAAGGUAGUCUUUGAGCAGCUGGAGAUCUCGUCAUCAUCAAUUCGGCCCACUUCCAGUCCCUUGAUGGGGUUUGAUGGCAUGAAGGUAGACCCCUUUGGGGUGAUUGAUUUAUGCGUCACUGCGGCAAAAAGAAUAUUGAAGGAGAACUUUGUUCUAAUAGAGAUCAAUCCUUCGUAUAAUCUCAUUAUGGGAAGAGGCUGGAUCCACCGAAUGAACGGGGUCCCGUCUACCCUUCAUUAA